UUUUCGUGUUGUGAAUCAAUGACUUUUUCCCGUACUCAUGAAAGAGUGUGUUCUAUUGUAAUUGUGGAGGUGUAAUAUAAAAAAAAUAAGCUAUAACUAAAUAUAAGGCAGUCUCAGAAUAUUGGCAGGCGAUGAAAAGUAUUUUAACUGGCAUUAAAAAAAAUAAACAUUAACUUACUUAUCAGAAAAAUAGUCGUCGGCAAUACAAAUGAGUUAAGUAAUUAGAAUUCUAAUUGUUCGUGGGUGUUAUCGGUUUUUAGUGUUGUGUGUUUUGAGCAUUUAUAUCGGUAAUUAGAUGUAUAUUGUUUUUGGUAAUUAGUUACACGUGGAAAAUUAUCCUGUUUUACAUAUCUAUUAAAUUUGGUCUAUUUCAAACCGAUAAAGAACAUUUUUUGAACAACAAAGUUGGCACUUAAUACCUAUUAGCUUCUUGGAAUAGGUAUACUUACCACGACCUACUUUGUAAAGAAUUUUUUUAACGUGGUACUGAAAAAAAAAACAAACAACUAAUUAUUUUGUUGUUUAUCGCUUUUUUGAACAUAAGUUAAUAAAAAUAAUAAUGGAUGGAAAGUGCGUGGAAAUGGAUUUGUCAACAAGACCAAGAGAGAUGGUUUCACCAGGAGACAACUGUAAGAUGAGAGUGGCGAAGUCUGUUUUCUCCAUCAGAAGUUUGGUAGAUCUGGGUGACAAUUCGGAAAAAAUGGACGGGGAAGCUGAAGCCGUGCAAAGCAAUGGCAAAGAAUCUGCUUCGUCAGACGAAAACCCGGAAGUAAUGGGCGUAUCUGAACAAGUAACUCCAAAUGCAGGUUCAGAGCCUCGACCUCCCGUACCCGACCAAAGCAAUGGCAGUGACUCUGAACCGGAUGAUUACGCACCAAAAAGAAAACAACGUCGUUAUAGAACUACGUUUACGAGUUAUCAGUUGGAAGAAUUAGAGAGGGCGUUCUCCAAGACGCAUUAUCCAGACGUCUUCACAAGGGAAGAGUUGGCCAUGAAAGUUGGACUUACAGAAGCUCGGAUUCAGGUGUGGUUCCAAAACCGUCGAGCAAAGUGGCGAAAACAAGAGAAAGUCGGUCCGCAAGCGCACCCUUACAACCCUUAUCUCACUUCGUCUACACCUGCUCCGCCCGUUAUUCCGCCGACUCUUCCCAAUCCAUUUAAUCUACCCUUCGGUUUGCGCAAACCGUUCGACUCGUUGGGUUUCCGUUAUCCACCCCAAAUGCUUCCGGGAUAUUUGACGCCUCCGUCCGCUUACCAUCGGGGACCACCGUCGCUAAUGUCGCUCUAUCCCUCUACAAGUUCCUUUCAAACUCUCUUAGCCAAUAUAUCUGCGGCACAACGGCCAAAACUGCCCACACAGGAAUUCUCACCCUCUCCUCCCCUAUCACCGGGUUCAUCGACGGCGCCAGUGACGCCUCCUGAAGUCGACAGGAGGAGCUCGAGCAUCGCGGCGCUCAGAUUAAAAGCUAGGGAACAUGAACUUCGACUAGAAAUGCUCCGACAAAAUGGUGAUCUUAUUAGCUGAAUGUUUUAGAAACAACUUUUUUUGCAAAAUUUUUUAGCUAAGAAUCAUGAUGAGUUCGGUCAGUUAGCUCAGUUAGUCUCAAACCAAUCCCGCAUGGACAUAAACUAUAACACCAAUGCGUUACGAUUUCUUUUAAACGUUCCAAUGCUUUAGGACUUCAUUAAAAAUGAGAAUUAAAUUUCUAUCCCACUAAUCGCAAAAGUAUAAAUUGAAAUAAUUAUCCAUUACAAGGAUCUUUUACACACUCGCUACGUGCUUUUUUAUUUAUGGGGUGAAGCUUUUAUAGUAAAGUUUUUAGUAUGAAAGUUCUGUAACGGAUGUCAAAAGGAAGCAUUAAGGAAAUUAAUAGAAGCCAUCUACUGUAUUCUUCGGUCAACUUUAUAAUAUGUCAUCUCAUUAUGGUCAAAGCUCGUAAUGUGACCUUUGUACAUACUUUGAACGCGUAUUUUUUGAAGGGUUGGAGGUAAAAAAUAGAGCACUACAAAAUAAAUUAACGUAGCCUAACCUGGUCUAAAAUACCUAUCUAUUUAAAAUUUUUUCGGACUGAUUUGUCUGGAGUCCAAUCCUAUAGUUUUACCAAUAUUUGGUUUUUCUCAAAAAAAAGGCAAAAUUCACUCCGAAAACUGUUGGAUUAAUUUAGUUUAGGGGUGGGUUAGGUUCGUAGAGUCUCACUCGACCCUGUAAGUGGAGGUAAAUUUUCAAGUGAAAAAUGGUGAGUCCUUUCCAGCUUUCGAUUGACCGACACAGCUGACUAUAUAUGCUUAAAAUAAAAAGAGAUAGAUACUUUCUAUAUGUUCUGUUUGAUUCUAUUAAGAAACACAUUCAAUAGUCAGUAUAUUAUCGAUAUAUCAAUAGCUGUCAAUCAUUAUCGAUGUCAAAUCGAUAUAUCGAUAAUAAUCAAUAUAUCAAUAGAUAUCGAUACAAUAAUCAACUGAUUAACUAUCGAUAUACACAUACAUCAUUUUUAAUUUAUAGUAGAUAGAUGGAUAGAGUAUCGAUAGUUACCGAUAUAUCGACAGUUAUCGAUGUCUCGAUAUUGAUAAGUUGUGUCUACCUAUGAAUAUCAAUCAGCCCAAUUAGUCGAUACAACUCUUAUUUUGUCAACGAUAGCAUCUUUUGCUUAAAUAAAAUAUAUAUAUAUAUAAAGAACUACAUAGAGAAAAUUAAUUCUCAUUUUUUUUAUGUUGCAGUAUUAUUGAUAACUUUAUAUCUAAAUCUGUUAUUUCGUAACACGUAUGCUCAGAUUAGUAAAUAUUGAGGCAUUGUUCUUCAAUUUUAUACGCUUUAUAUUCAGUGAAGUUAUCAUGAAACAAUUUAAAUGAAUCAGCAAAAACAGUACAUUAUUUUCAGUAAAUACCCAAACACUGUACAUGCCGGACUAGUAGGAAUAAAUUAAAUUAAUGUAAUAUUUUAGACAAAGCAGAUGUUUUUGUAAAACAAUUUAGAACAAGAAGUAGAGGUUUUUGAAUAAAUCAUCGUUCUUUACAGUAUGUUACUGAUUAAUAUACAGGAAGAAUUAUGAAACCAUUCGUCCUGUUUACGAAAAUUUGUUUUGUUCUUUUUUUUACAGAAACAAGCGCUAUCUCUGUUGGCUUUAUUUGGCUUUUAAAAACCUUGUAAAUAUACAUACGUACUUUUUUGAAAAACGAGUUGUAUUGUGAACUACUAUUUUCUUAUAAUUUUUAUUAAUAACUUAUACUUGGUUAAAAGUGAUUAGAAAUGCAUACAAUUGUGUAUGUUCAGUAAGUAAUGACCUUUUGUUCUUAAGAAUAUAGAUCCUAAUUGUUAUUAUCCU